GCUAACACCUCAUUGCGAACAAAUACUGUAAUAACAAUAUCACAUAUUAUCUCAUGAUAACAGUCCACCAUUUUGUGUGUGGGAGUCGCACAAUUCUGAAACUUACAUUGUUGAGUUUAGUGCUAUUUCGGUGUGCGUUACAGUUCGUAGUCUGCGUUGUGAUAAAAAGUGAAUCAUUGAAUGUAUCGAUUUUAGUGAAGAGUGGACCGUAAUCGAGGAUGGGCUUGUGCUUCUCGUUCGACUGUGGAGACUGCGGGGAUUGUGGCUGUAACCCCUGCUGUUUGGCGCUGAGCGCUUGCUGCCUGAUCCCGUGCUUGUGCCCCAACGCUUGCGGGCAGCAGCAGCAGCAGCAGCCGCCACAGACCAUCAUAGUGCAGCAGCCGCCGGUUGUCGUCGACCAGCAGUACCCUCCACCGCCCCCUGGGGGAUACCCGUACCCGCACCCCCCGCCGCCGCAGCACUAUCCCCCGUACCCACACCCGCAGCCGUACGACCCCUACGGCCCUCAGCACCGAUGAGAAGGGGCUAAUCUAAUCAAGGAUGGGUUGCAACAUCUCCUGCCGCCCUUGCUGUUGCUGCUGCAUCCCCUGCUGCUGGUGCGACUGCUGCGGGGAACCAAGGCAGCGCACGGUGGUCCACGUCAGACAAGCAGCACCACCACCUCACACCACCAUUGUUGUCAGUCAACCAGCAGUGCAUGCACCACCUCCAUAUAGAAGAUAACACGUUCGUUUCAACUAAAGGACGUCCACUGCCGGAUAAAUGCCUCCAAAGGAUUUCAAUAACCUAACUAUGGCGGAGAACCCAUCAUUUAACAGAAAAUACAUUCUCAAAUCGUGUGUUGUCAGCAUUAUCACCGUUUAAGUUCCCGAGCACUUGGACGAAUAAAUGUCUAUUAUCGAAUAAAGGUUUAUUCGCCGAAGGUUUCUGAUGCUCAGUUUCUUUUGACCUUCAGUUGUUUUUUUAAAAUCGUUACUAUUUCUUUUCUCUAUCAAUUUUAGUCUCAAAAGACCCAAAACUUUUGCGCGGUUUUAGAAUUUAAGCGACUCUAGGUAAUAAUAUUUUCCAUCAAGGUAUUUUUUUAUGAUUCCUUACCAAAGUAUAGGUAUGCAAUCUUAUUUCACCUUAUUAACGACAUUUAACUAUCGUUGUUGCCGUACACAGUUGCAAAAAUUUUACCUUGACCAUGGAAACUUGUCAUUAUCUCUCCAUAUGGAGAUCUACUAAUUUAACGCAAUUAAGUAUAAUGUUUGCAAAAACUUGUAUAAAGUCAGUAUUUUUUUAUUAUUUGACGGAUUCGGAUGCGUCAGGUUUUUUUACAAUAUACCUUUUAUAGGUUUAAGCAGUAUAUUAUUGUAAUUCAGUUUAGGUUUCCAAGCUCUACAUCUGAGGCGAUCAGCUCAUUCAUUGGGUAUGUCGAUAGUGUUUUGUUUUACUACAACAGUAUUCUUUGCAUCUUAUUUUGAAGUGAAUAAACAUGGUAAAGCGUGAAUUCCGAUUCACGGAUCAUACCUUGACUUGCAAGACCAUUAAUAAUAAUUGUAGAUCACAUUUUUUAAAGUUGCCCUCAAAUUCUAUGAAUUAAUUAAACGUUGGUUUGAUAACGUUGAAACGUUGGUGUACUAAAUACUGUGCAGUAUUUAACUGCCUAAAUAAUAAUAAAAACACAGAAUGUACUUUUUUAAGUUGCCUCAAGACACUGAGAGGUAAAUAAGUAGUUAAUAUUAUUCAUGAUAAUUCAUGCUAAAUCAUGUAUUUCCUCCGCCAUUUUCCGCAGUUUGGCACCUCACGUCACAUCAUUUUACCGAAGUCAGCCCUAUAGCUUCGGCGCAGUGCCGAUCACUGACGUUUGUCAACAAAAUGGUGCUUGACUCUUGAGACAGGCUAAAUUACACCAUAUUGUAAAUGACAUUGAGCAUACAUUUUUUUAAAUACCUUCGCGAAGUAAAACUUCUGUACGUAGUACUUAUUAUUAUUCUGUGCCCCUGCACACUAAAAUAUCUAAUAAACUUUUUUAAACAUGACAGUUAUGAAAAUGUAUAUUCCAAGAAGUCCAAUAGGUAUCUAGUUGUUAUUUAUCAAUUUAAUCAUGUUGCGUUUGUGUGAUUAAAUACACGCGAUGAUAAGUUCUUAUCAAUUAACCAUACAAGGUUAGAUAGACGCAGUGCGGCCGCAGCAAUUUUUUAAGUAAACUUAAGUUUAUUUUUUAUUGGUUAAACAAACAAUAUUUACUGCACUGUUGUACUUGAUGUUAAUUACAAGUACCUAGUUACCUAGUACCUACAUUAUUUAUGUUCUAAUUGAAAUUGUUUUUAUAAAAGCUAGCUACUUUAUUAUUCCAAUGCCGGGAAAAAGGCAUAGUAUUUCUCUAUGCCAUUUAUGUAUGUCAAAAAAAAUGCAACGUCAGGUUUAAGAUUAUCAUGAAAACAAAUAAUAUGUGUAAAAUAUUGUAUGAAGUUCUAAGUUUGUAGCUGUAAGCACGUUUAUUUACAUAAUUAUGCACAUUAUUAUAUUUAAUAUAGAUAACUAAGGUUAAUAUUAACAGACGAUAGUGAUAAAGUGUAAAGUUUGGUAUAUUUUUCGUUAAUUUAAAUUCCUGAUUGAAAAGGAAUGUAAUUUUAGCUUUUAUUGUAUCUUGCUGAACACAAUAUACCUUCCAUUUCUAUUAAAGAAUAGUAUUUAUAUAAUAACAUCGAACCAAAGCAGGUUUAAGUCACAAGAUAACCUAAAUUUUCUUUAGAUUUAACUGAUCAUCUUGUUAUAUUUUUAAGGAAAUUUAUAUACUUAUAUUUUAGUCAUUUUACUGGUUCCUCCAUUAAUUUGAGUUGUGUUUUUGGGUUGUAUUUUAACUUUAUUUUGUCAGAUUUUACAAACCAAAAUGUAACUUGUUUUAACCAUUCUCUUAUUUAUAAGAAAAAUGUAUUAUUUGUAACAAAGUACAAGAAUAUACAUACUUUUUUUCCGUUAUUUAAUGCAUCGUUCUAUUUUAAUUUUUGGAUUUUUUAAACCCAUAUUGAACAAAAAACCAGACACAGACAGGUAACCUACCUCAAUAAUGCCUGAUUACAAAAUGUUACAGCAAAUCAUGGAGUGUGAAAUUGUCUUAAAGACUAGAGAAUUUUUACACAGGUGAAAUAUAAUACGUAAACUAAUAUCAGCAUAUUAUAACACACGAAGUCAAUUAUUAGAAUCAUAUCGUGUUAUUCAAAAUUAUUUUUUAAAUAAGUACUGAAUUAUUACCUAAACUUAACAGGCGUUUUGUUAAAUUGAGUAGUUAAAUCUAAGCCUCGAUAAAUAAUAAUAAUUAGGAAUAAAUAAUUAUAAUAAUAUCACGUGAUCUGUGUUAUUUUCUUUGUUUUAAAAUUAAAAUAAUAAGCGUAACUAUUGAAAAAACGUCAUAAAUGAACACAAUGAGAGCAGAUAACUGUGAAUAAUCUGUACAUCAUUACACAGAACAAUGAAUGUUAAUUUUCCAUAUAAUUAAGUUUCACAAAGUCGAUUUCGACUGAGGUGGGUCAUUAUAGAUUAGCAACUUUGGAAACACGUUAUGAAAAAUAAACUCAAUGCACAAGUGGCGCACGCGCAGUUAUACAACGAGGUUGCUAGCUAUCGGUUCUGUGUCAGUACACAUAUUAUGCUGCGAUUGGUGAUCAACAAAAUACAAUCAAGUGUUCCUAUUGCUUAAUAGGCAUAUAUUGAAGUGCAGUUAGUGAUGACAACCAAUAUAUUAAAGCGGUAGAAUGGGUAUCACAGUGAUCGUCAAGCCGUUCUGCUGCUGCUGCAUACCCUGCUUAUGCUGCGAAUGCACUUGCGCUCCCAAGCAGGAGUUCACCCCUGAACCGAUCUACCAGCAGCCAAGAUUGAGAGAGAGGGAGAAGCGCCAGGAACCACCACCAGCGUACUCCACGAUGCCCACAACUUCAGACAAGCCGCCGCCUUACAAAGAAAAAGAUGGCGACUCGUGAUAGUUUAGAGUGAUGGGUAUAUUUUUCUCUUGCUGCUUUGGGCCUCCUCCUCCACCCCAUUUUCCGCCUCAUCACCAUCAUGGUCCUCCGCAUCACCAUGGGCCUCCACAUCACCACGGCCCACACCAUGGCCCACACCAUGGCCCGCACCAUGGGCCACACCAUGGCCCAGACCAUGGGCCACACCACGGCCCACACCACGGACCGGGUUGGAGAUAACUUUAUGUUAAUAUUUUCCGAGAUUAAGUGAUCUUAAGUGAAUAUUUAAAACGCGUGAGUGACUUUUGUUCCCUUUAAUUAUUUGUUGAUUAUGUACUGUUUUGGGCAUAUCAGUGUUCUAUAAGUUUGGUGCAAAAUCGCACCUAUUCCAACUACAUAAAUGCCACAGUAGCUUGUUAUGCCGUUGUUGAUAUACAAUGUACAUAAUAUGAUAUGAAAAUAGUGUUUGAAAUUGGUCUGAUUAAAUGUUAUUUAAGUUAA